AUGGCGGUGCUGCAUGCCAGAUGCCAGCUUGAAGUGGGAGAGACAUUCCGGCAUUGGAGCAUCAUUGGCAUAGAAUCCAUCAACCAUACUCGCGAUGUGACCAAGGGUCGGUUUAUAUGA